GUGUAACGGCGCCCGCUGCAGCCCGCUCGGUUAUUGUGCUCGCUCUGGCCGGCGCGAUGCCGCCCGUGGUGCUGGUCACCGGCGCCAGCAGUGGAAUCGGCUCCGCCCUAUGCAAGCGGUUGCUGCGGGAGGACGCUGGGGUCCGGCUCUGCCUGGCCUGCCGGAGCAUGCAGAAGGCUAGUGCCACCAAGGCCGUGCUGCUGGCCGCCCACCCGACCGCCCAGGUCACCCUCGUGCGCCUGGAUGUCAGCAGCCUGGAGUCCGUCCUGCGGGCAGCCAGCGAGAUCCAGCGCAGGUUUCAGCGCUUGGACUAUCUCUUCCUGAAUGCUGGGAUCAUGCCAAAUACGCAUGUUAACUUCAAAGCACUGAUCUCUGGUCUCUUUUCUGGGAAAGCAGUCCACAUGCUGAGCACAGCAGAGGGGCUGAUAACUCAAGAAGACUGCAUCACUGCAGAUGGCCUGCAGGCGGUGUUUGAAACCAACUUCUUUGGGCACUUUAUACUGAUUCGGCAGCUUGAGCCUCUGCUAUGUUGCCUUGAAAAGCCCUCCCUGCUCAUCUGGACCUCUUCCAGCAAUGCCAGGAAGUCUGCUUUCAGUCUCACUGACUACCAGCACAGCAAAGGCAAAGAGUCUUACAGUUCCUCCAAAUAUGCCACUGACCUUGCUAGUGUGGCUCUGAACAAGCACUUUAACAAGCAGGGGCUGUAUUCCAGUGUAGUUUGCCCAGGGCUUGUGAUGACUAACUUGACUUAUGGAAUUCUGCCAUCUUUCUUCUGGAAGUUGCUUAUGCCCAUCAUGUGGAUAAUACGCUUUUUCACCAAGACUUACACACUAACUCCGUACAAUGGAGCAGAAGCUCAGGUAUGGCUCUUCAAACAAAAGCCAGUGUCACUGGAUGCACUAAUGAAAUAUCACAGCUGUAUUUCACCAAUGGGGAAGAACUAUGUGGAGUCCCGAAAGAUGGAUGUGGAGGAAGAAACUGCUGAAAUAUUUUAUCAAAAGCUGUUGGAACUGGAGAAGCAUUUUCUAGCAAGAUUGAAUGCUCCCUUGAGCCCCAAGUAACAAGAGCCAGACAAGGCCUCUAGUGACGCAUCUUUCUGGCACUAGUGACAUUGGAGUUCCUUCUAAGUGGGUAUUAUGCAUUUGCAGUAGAGGCUUUCUUGGAGACAUGUGGCUUUCUAGCACCUCUCUCCUCUGCUCAGUCUGGGAAGGAGUAUCCUCCUAGAAUUGGAGGUGUGAGAGGGAUUGAAUAGUUAUUUAGUCUCCUGGAGUCCAGUACAGGAUUGCUCUCUACACAUUCUAGUAACUUGCCUAAACGAGACCUCUAUUUCUGUACAUGUCAUGGUCUUUACAAUAAACUUCAGCCUCCAAGAACUACUGAGAAAAAGCAUGAAUGAGUUGAGAGCUCAGUGUGAGCACAAGAUGAAAAUAGGUGGAAGGGCUGCUGUUGGGCAGAAGGCCCCUCAGGUGCUAGGCUUCCUAGAUAGCCACAUGUGACGGCUAAGGUCAGACUCUUCAAAAGCUGAUCAACAUGUCUACAUGGACACUGCAUGCUAGAGUACUGCAGCUUGACACCCCAGCUUGCAGCACACUAUGGCCAUGUGGUUCCUGCUCACUAGAAGCCCUGUAGUGUGCUUUGAUCUUUCAAGCAUGAGUAGAUCUUGGCAUCCCCCACAGCCAUGGCACAAGAUUUACAAAAUCAUUGUGAUACAUGUGUGGGUGCUGUGUAGUGAGCAUUGAUAUGUGUCCCACAACGUGGUUUACGUUCUGGACUGCAGUUAGUAUUAACCUGACAGAGGAGAGAAGACAGCUCAGUGCUUUCCUCAUGGAUUGCACAAUCACAAGUCCACUGAUUGUAAGCAUUGAGAUGGAAUAGGUCUAGCUACCCAAGCAAUGGAACAACUACCAUAUUCUACAAGAUGGCCUAACUCAGGCUGAUUGGGGAAAACCAACCUGCUGCACAAGGAAGAACUCAUGCCUGUGCCAAAGACACCAUGAGCAGUCUGGUAAUUGAACCAGGUACAUGGAGGGGGGGAGAGGAUGUAAAGAAACAACUCAUCACCUGGGAGAGGAGGGAGUGUCUUUAGGAGACAAAACUGAGAUCAGGUCAGGUCCCAGGAUUUCCUUGGCUUCCUAAAAGAAGAUAAGCUGGUUCUGUUCUCCCGUAAUAAAAGAAAAGUCCAUGUAACUUA